AUGCCGCUAGUGCCGCAGGACGUAAGAGGAGUGAGUACCCGUUCAAUGUCAGAAGCGCAGCGUGUGAGGGAAGAGGGUGCUGCAGCUCGAACCAGCGAUGCAGAAGCCAAGCCUGUGCAGGUGGAUCUUCUGCUACAGCUGCAGCAAAUGAUGGCAGAGCAAGCGCGCCGCCAAGAAGAGCAAGCGCGCCGCCAAGAAGAGCAAGCGCGCCGCCAAGAAGAGCAAGCGCGCCGUCAGGCAGAACAGCUGCGGGAGCUUAAAGAAGAGCAAGCGCGCCGCCAAGAAGAGCAAGCGCGCCGCCAAGAAGAGCAAGCGCGCCGCCAAGAAGAGCAAGCGCGCCGCCAAGAAGAGCAAGCACGCUGUCAGGCAGAACAGCUUCGGGAGCUGAAAGAAGAUCAAGCUCGUCGCCAAGAGGAUCAAGCUCGCCGCCAAGAGGAGCAAGCGCGUCGCUUGGAAGAGAUGCAUAAGGAUUUUACGAAGGGACUGCAAAAGGCUGUCGAACGGGUACAAGAAGUGGAGGAAGGGUUAGGCAAGUUGGAACAUCGCGUCAUGGCGAUAGAGGAGAGAGUGGAAGAGAUCUCCAAAAUCAAGCAGGAAGUGGCAAGCCCAAGCCCUUUGAAGAGCCGAAGCCGUCUUGCAGCCGUUUUUGACACCCCAAAUGUGGCCUCUAGCGCAACGAAAGGCCUCAAGAUUCCCCAUUACGACGGAACAACAUCCUGGACCGCGUUCAAGCUACAGUUUGAGACACUUAUGGAGGCUUAUGGUUGGACUCAGAAGGAAGCACAGUCAGCCCUCACCCUGGCCCUCCGUGAUCAAGCGCUUUCAGUGCUGGAAGCUAUCGGCGCAAGUGGGGAUCUCAGCUUUAGUGCCCUCCUCGACGCACUGGAGGCACGUUUUGGAGACAGCCACCUCGAGCACGUGUACAGAGCGCAAUUAAAAGAGCGUACUCAGCGUGCUAAUGAGAGUCUACAGCAAUGGUCCGUGGAAAUCGAGAAACUUGUGCGUCGAGCUUUCCUGUCGACUCCGUCAAUGAUUGAAGGCACGCUUCUCCAAGCAUUCAUUGACGGUGUUCGGGACCCCGAAGUACGAGCUGCUGUUCAUCUGGGCCAUCACAAGAACAUGAAAGAAGCUCUGGCCCAUGCAUUGGAAGUGGAAGCCGUGCGUGGUAACUCCCGUACCUUACGUCUGCGGGAAAUGACGACAACGGAGCAGGUACCUCCACGCCGUCGGAACUUCAUGUGCUAUGGAUGCGGAGAGCGUGGGCACAUGCGGAGCGACUGCCCGAAGAAGGCGGACCGCCAGGACGCGGCGGUCUCAACUUCUGACCAGCAGGAAAACUAA